GAUGAUGCUAAAUGCUGAUAUAAAAAGUUCUUGCCAGUUUUCAGUUUCACGAGGCCUCUUGUUUUGUAAACAGGAACUGAAAAAGAAGCUAAAGGAAAAUCAAUACUAACAGAGCACAAAAAGAAAGAAAGAGAAGCUGCAAAAAAUGGGCAAAAAGCUUUACUAUCUCAAACAAUCUGAGAUCCGAAAGCAAGAACUCAACAAAGAGUACAACAGUCUCAAGCUUUCAUUGUUUCUUGACAAACGGAGGAAGAAGAAUGCUACGAAGGAUCAUAGGUACAUGCCCUAUCGUCGAGCCGAUACCUCAGAGCAAUAGAGAGAGAGAUACAAUAUUGCUUUUAGACUGAAUGUUUACGUUGGUUCAUUAAGGGGUUUGUGACACUCUUUGUGAUGAGAAUUGAAAUCCAAAUGUACUUGUUUUUUUGUUUGCUUAAUUGAAAGCCAUAUCAAGUACUGAUGUUACUUCGACUUUGUUGUGGUUCUCUCCAGACACACGAAAGAACCACAUAGUUAAGAGUAAUCAAUAUGUGGACCAAAAGUCUUACCAUGAUUUCAAUACAAUAAAAUUUGCAAACAUAUUUUAGAAAAAACGGAGUAUAAGUAUCAUCAUAGGUGAUAUUGUUAGUUUAAUUGCAGAGUUUGAGUUGAUCCGUUUCAGGUGGAUCCUCAGGGAAAAAACAAAGAUGCUGAUGCCUUGGCAAAGCAAGCUUUGUUACUUGAAACUAAAGUAAUGAACUCCAGCUUAGGGGUCUUUAAAGUUUGAAUGAAAGUUUGUGUUACAAAAAAAAGUAUCAUUUUAGGAUGAGCGUAUAUGUAUCUUAAAAUUUUAUACGUUUUCUCUUUAUCAUAACUUUCAACCACAAGCAUACUAAUAUUAGGAAUAUCUACAUUCUGGAUGUAAGAAGAAAAAAAUCCUUAUAGAUUCUAAAUGAAUGAAUGAAAUUAUAUUUAAUCAUUUACUAUCCCACAACAGCUAGCAAAAUCAAAACUGAUUUGUUACGGAAUCUGGAAAUGUUAAUUAUAACAUCCCUAUAUAAAGAAGACUUAGUAUGAGUUCAAAAAAAAAAAGAAGACCUAGUAACCUGGUUACACAAACCAACAUUCAUAAUUAAGAAACAAUUUCCAUCAGCUUUUAUAUCCUCAAGAAAACAUGGACAGCAAAAGAAUGGCUAUGUUGGUGGUGGUGAUGUUGGUGACGGGGAACAUUUUGUUUGAGGCUGAGGGUUUGGCUUUUCUAGAUUGUUAUAAAGGCUGUUUUGUGAUUUGUGCUGCAUCUUCCAACGGAUUCAAGAAACUGUUCUGUCCUUUCUCGUGUAUCAAGGACUGUAAACAGCCUACUACACCUUCUGAGGCAAAUCUAAAUGAAAUUGACCAGACUGAUUAUUUUUGUAAACUCGGAUGUGCCACUGAUCGUUGUGCUUCGUCAUCCUUGAUCCAUGAUAAGGAUCACGCAGAGAAAGUUUCAGUAUGUGUGGAUUCAUGCUCAGAUAUAUGCUCCCGCAAGAACUAA